GCCCUGAGAUACUGUUGAUCCACUACCGAGGGUGAGGCGCAUUUCUGUUUAUCGUGCGCUUCUUCUAGCGUCAGCGCGAUAAUUCAAUCUUUCUCCUCCUCCUCAAACACUCUCGGCAGUAGAUAGCGAACAGGCUAAGUACUUAGUGUCGGCAGUAAGCGCUGAUCCACAUCAGCCUCAAUCCAACUGUCAAAAACUCCCACUCCCAUUCUCAGCUCACUCUGUCCAAUGCCUCCCUCCACUUUCUCAUUUCCUUUACUGUCAUUUACCACUUUGAUAUAACAAUAGACAAUAUCACGCUGUCUGUAGUCAAGCAUGUCUUUCUCUUGGCCAUCAUCACCGUCGGGUUAUAUGCCGCCUUUCUGGGCCUGUUGACCCUGCCUAGCUUCCAGGCGCAUGUGGUUUACCUGCAUGCUGUUCAAAUGACCUGGUUCAAGGACCUCACUGUCACCGAGUCAUUUGGUUUUCUUCACAAUCAAGUCACACCUUUUAUCAUCCCUACUCCGGAUGGCCACCGUCUCUUCGCCUGGCACAUAUUGCCUCUUUCCGCCUAUCACCAGCACGAACGUGCUCUCUUGUCAGAAGACACUCCGGGCGUGAUCACCAACAUCACCACGCGCCACGCUUUCCAUCUUCUCUCCUCCGAUCCGGACGCCAUUUUGGUCCUUCACUUCCACGGGGCCGGAGGAACCGUCGGGUCCGGAUACCGCGUUCCCAACUACCGAGCUGUAGCGGCGGGCCACCUGGCGAAAAGCAUCCACGUUCUCACCAUCGACUACCGCGGCUUCGGUCUCACUGCUGGCACCCCAUCUGAGUCGGGCCUCAUAACCGAUGCUUUGGCGGUCGUCGACUGGGCCAUGAACGUUGCCAGCAUUCCUCCACAUCGCAUCCUUCUCUUUGGACAGUCGCUAGGCACCGCAGUCACUUUGGCCGUAGCCCAACACCACGCCCGCCAGUCCCCACCAGUAGCCUUCAAGGAGAUUAUACUUGUUGCGCCGUUCACCGAUGUUGCCACCCUAGUGUCGACUUACCGCGUGGCCGGCACGCUUCCUAUUCUGGGUCCUCUGGCGCGGUUCCCGACUUUGUUUCGUGCUCUGCAAGGGUUCGUCCGCGACCAGUGAAGCAGCGGGCAACGCAUUGAGGAGUUUGUUCAGGCAAGUGAAGCAAAUAGCCUGCCAUACCGGUUGACAGUGAUCCAUGCCGAGGAUGAUUAUGAUAUUCCGUGGCGGCAUACCCGAGAGUUGAUUGCGCGUGGAGUGCGCGCGUCGGGCA